AUGGUCAACAUAUUCGGCAAUAGCUCAGUAAAAGCGUCCAAGUUCCCUGAAAAAGAGGGCCAAGAGGAAAUUCCACCAGAUCCAAUUCGCGCAAGAGAACCUUCACUGCCAUUAACAGAGCACCACACGGUAAAGGGUGUGUCUGGGCAUGAGCUUGGCAGUGAUACUCGUCGUGUUCUGAUAGCGUACGACGAGAGUGCAGAGUCUAUUGGAGCGCUUGAGUAUUAUUUGGAGAACCUCACUCAGAGCGGAGAUCAUUUGUUCCUGGUGACGAUUCUUAAACCACUAGAGAGACACUUGGAUUAUUCAAUCUACGUCGGUGUUGACGAGGCAAAGACUGAUGGAGCUGCAAUUGAUCCGCGUAUCAAUGCAUUCUUUAGGGAUCGCCAAGUCGCCCUCGACAAGCUCAAGUUGAGGAGGGAAGAAGUGACAGCGACACUUCAAGAGCAGAAGAAGGGGAUUGAGAUGACUAUCCACGUCGCACAUGGUGAUCCUAAGAGCACUAUUCCUAGAGUGUGCAAUUACCAUCACGUCAAUCUUGUUAUCGUGGGCAGAAGGAUUCUCGGGAAAUGGAAGAAACUGUUUAGCGAGAGCGUGAGCAGUGCGGUGAUUGAGCAGACCAAGCUACCUGUGCUUGUUGUGCAGUAG